ACCGUUUUUCAAGUUGCGGAUAAUAAAGGCAACACGAUACAUGUGAAGAGGGGGAGAAAUUACUAUGGGAAGAUGAGACACAGUAGGCACCCCCAGGCCUGCAGGAGGCUACUCUAUACAAACCUCCCUCUUGCGACGGUCACCUGCCACUAAACCUUACAGUGCGGUCACAUGAGAUGCAGCAUUCGGCCCUACUGGUGGGGCUUGUAUCCGACUCCCCGGGGUAUGACCUGUCUCAUGCGGAGGGCAACAGCCUCGCAACAGCCAUGCUUCCUCUGCAUCGUAUUAAGAAGAGCGAAAAUAGGGCUCUCAACAGCGCGUCCAGCAUCAAGGACUACAUUGCUAAUGGGGGGAGUGUUUCCGGCCUCAAGGCAGAGGUUGCAUUAGGCAAUGUCAUUCUUGAUGAAGCCAAUACUGAUAUUCUCACACGUGGAUCAUACCUUUGGGUCAGUGACAGCGAACUUCGCAUAAAAAGGAUAUUCACCAGGCCUCUGAGUGCCGUCGUCUCAAUCGCAAAUAGUUGAUUCUUUUCAUCAGAUAGCCCUGGAUCUCCCUGGGUUGAUUGCUCGCUAACUCGAAAAUGGCGGGAGCCAGGCGGAGCUUGCGCGGAUCCUGAGGCAGCCCCGACAGCCGACCUGCCGGAGGUCCCUCAUCAUCGUGACCGAAAGUCCGAGUCACACAGACCCGGACUCGUUGUAGCCCCGGCGGGCCGGGCCGGCGCGUACUGGCAGCCUGAGCCGGAGGCCCGGGAGGUGCCGCUUCGAUGUCGCGCGGCGAGGCGCGAUGGGAGAAUAGAUAGUGGUGUAUGUAUUAUGUAGUUGGCGUUCAAGUCAACUUGAAGGACUACCCUGACUUACUUCGACAUCACAUGCAAACAGUUCGACCAUCACC